AUGGCUUUGCAACUUUACCAACUGCCGCUUGCACACUCAUUAUCUUCUACUUCUUCUUCAUUUUCUUUACAUUCCAAUUCACUCUUCUUUCACCCCACCCACCAAUACACACCUUCUUUGAAUGAGAAGCUGACAACAAGACUGGCUAAUAUUUGUCUCUGCCAUAAUGCUUCGAGGAGGAGAAAGACUAGUAAUUUGUUGGCUGGUAAAGAAGACAUAGAACUGAGUGUCCAAGAACAAGAAGAAGAUCAAGAAGAGGAAGAAGAAGAAGAAGAAGCACCACCUCCUAGCCCUCAAGACCUACAAUAUGUUCAAGAUAUCAAAAGGGUGUUGGAGAUUCUCAGGAAAAACCGAGACAUGCUUUUUAGUGAGGUUAAGUUGACAAUAACGAUUGAGGACCCAAGAGAAGUUGAGAGAAGGAAACUGCUUGGCAUUGAUGACGCUGAUGCCCCAACCCGAGAUGACUUGGCUGAAGCUUUAGAACAAGUUAACGAAGGCAAAGUCCCAAAAAAUCGGGUGGCACUUCAAAUGCUAGCUGAGGAAAUGAUAAAUUGGCCUAAUUUGGAGGUUGAAGCACCAAAAGCAAAGCCAAGCAAAUCCCUUUAUGCAAAAGCCACUGACACUGGUAUAGAUCCUAAAGAGGCUGCAAAAAGACUGAAAGUUGAUUGGGAUUCAGCUGCUGAAAUUGAGGAUGCUGACAUGAAUGACGAAACUGAAGUGCCUCCAGCCAUGCUUGUAACCAAGGAAGCCAAUUCUUUUGCAGGGUUAUGGAGCACUAUACUUGGUCUCCGGUUUUCCAAUCAUCAUUGUACCGCUGAGCAUUUCCAUGAGUUAAAAUUCGUGGCUAUUGAAGAAUCUAAUAGGUUGAUUGGAAAGGAGGGUAUGGAAAAGGAAAAGCAGAUUUCGGUGGAUCCAAUAUCGUUGAGAGAAUCAUCAAGAAGAGAGGCUAGCUUCAACUUCAUGCUGCCGCCUGUGUCGACUGCUCCAACUCCAGACCUGCUAUCACCUGUCCUGCCUUCAAAAUCCCAGCUUAUAACCUGCAGCCUUCCCAACUCAAUCUGCUCGUCCCCUCGGUUCAGCUUCACCAUGCUGAAGAAGAAAUGGAAAAAUGAAAGCCAUGCGUCUCCCCGCCAAAUUGACAAUAUGGCAGGUCGGCAUUCUUCAGCACAUGCUCCUCUCGCUGCUCGACAAGAAAUUCGCUUGCAAAGGAGCAAGUCUUGUGCAGAAGGAAGGACAGCUGCACCGGCUGAUGAACUUGAUCUUUGGUUCACCAGACCAAAUGCUAGCAGGUCUGAUGACGGACCUCAUGGACACUUCGUAACUGAUGCUAGCCAAGAAGAUCACAUAACUGGUGAAAACAUGGAUCCCAUUGAUGAUGGAUUCAAAUGCGGUGCGCUAUGCUUGUACCUUCCAGGCUUUGCAAAGGGAAAACCAGUGAGACCGAAAAAGGAAGAAGUAAAAGCAGAUUUGGGAAAUGUACUAUCCAGGACAGUUUCUUUGGAAAAAUUUGAAUGUGGUUCUUGGGCUUCAUCAGCCAUCAUAAAUGACCAUGAAGAUGACUCCAUGAAUCUUUACUUUGAUUUGCCACUAGAGUUGAUCCAAACUAAUUCGAAUUAUGCAACUUCACCAGUUGCUGCUGCCUUCCUCUUCGACAAGGAUCGAAAAGGAGUUCUCCGGAGUUGUUCAACAAGAGCAGCACCCAGGAAAUCCCAUGAAUCUUCUCGCCAUGUUAGGUUUUCAACAUCAUCUGCCACAUCGCACCCUACCUCGCCAACUUCUUGCAUUACACCUCGCUUGCGAAAGGCUAGGGAGGACUUCAAUGCCUACUUAGAAGCGCAGAGUGCAUGA